CUGUACGGUGCGUUGUACGAAUUACGCGAAUCGAAGACGCACCUAUAAAGUAGUGUGGUGACACGGCCUACUUGUGAUUGAUCUCGAGUGAAAGGAAUAAAAAAACAAUCCUUUUAGUGGAAGUUGGAAUAAUUAUUGGUUUUUAACCUGCCAUCCAAGAAGCCUGUGCAAUUUAGUGAUGGUGAAGUGUGAAGAAGAAUUUUGUUGGGAAAGUGUUCUUGAAGUGAAGUGAAGAGAAGUCUGUUUUCCGGUGUAUUUUCUGUGAGCAAUUCAAUGUCCAGCUGUGUGAUUUAAUCGGGGCUUAGCAUCGUGAGUGUUUGUAGUGCAAUCGACAACUCCUCUCGCAGGCAAUAACCAUGUCCACUGCCAUGUCGACAGCGUUCAUGGUGGACAGUAUCCUGCAGGAUAAGGACACACCGACCGAACAAGUGUCCCGCUGUACGGACGGAUCCAGCCCGGUCGGAGUUCUGCCUGGUGCGUCCAACGGCGACGCAGGAUCGCUCGCCUCCAUCUCGGACAGUGAUCCCGAGUUUGACGAGCCGAAAGAUUCGGCAAGUCUGUGUGAUUCUCCGAAAAGCUUCCACGGACUACACCAUCACCCAGCAUCGGGUGAUCAUCAUCUGCAGCAUCUGCAUCACCAUCAUCUACUGGCCCAGCAUCAUCAUCACCAUCACCAUUCGUCGGCGUACUCCGACGAUGAGGUACCGGCGGGACCUCCGUCGUCCAUCAAUGGUGGUUCGAUCGUGAGACGAUCGGGCGGAACGUUCCGCACCCAUCCGGACGAUGCUGGUGUGCCGCUCGAGCAGAUGGAUUUCUGCUGUGCCAAGUGUGGCCACUGUCAGGCGGAACUCAAUCCGGGCAGUCGGUUGCCCAGUCCGGCGAGCGGUAAUGGGGCGGACAAACGAGGUUCCGAAGGGGAGCACAACAAUAACAACAACAACAACAACAGUGGAGAUAGGAAGGAGGAAGGGGGUCCGGACGGGGACGGUGGUUUGGGAGAGUUUGAGUUUCGGUGUGAAAAGUGUGGGUUCGGGGAGUAUGUGGUUCCGGGCAAGCAGACGAUCCUGAAGGAAAGCAGCAAACCGGUGCUGAAGUUUAGUGUGUCCGCCAUUCUGGGCGACAAGAAGGAUUGCGUUAAAGUUAGGAAUGAAUUUAUUCAACCACAGCACCUUUGGCCUUACAUUCAGCAGAACCUGAUCCAACAGAACCACUUAGCCAACCCAGCAUUCCUGGGCGCUCAUCCACACCACCCCCACCACCCUCACCAGCAGCUUCCCCAUCCCCAUCCUCAUCAUCAUCCCCAUCAUCAUCACCAACACCAUCAGGCACCACAUCCACUGUCACCUCAUCACCCGCAGCAGCAUCUUACCGUCGGCCCGAACGGUAGUCCGACCGGGCAUCAGGGCAGCAGCAAUGGGGCACCCCAUCAGCAGCAACAGCAGCAACAGCACCACCUUCACAAUAGCAGCAGUAACAGUACCAGCGAGUCUGGCAGCUUACCCAACAGCCCGGAACUGCAGGAACCGUCAGCGGUGGCACUGCAGCAGCAGCCGAGAGAUAAUAAAAUCAUUGCGAAACCACUUCCGAGUCGACCGACGCCCUUUCUGCACCACAGUCUCAACCAUCCCCAUCUGCACUCGCUGCUGGCCCACUGCCGCAAUCCUUACAUACCGGGUGGACCACAAGUUUUCCCACUGCCUCCUGGGCAAGGCUUCCCGUGGGCCCACUCCACGCGAGGGAAGCCCCGGCGGGGGAUGAUGCGGCGAGCCGUCUUUUCUGACUCCCAACGGAAAGGACUCGAGAAGCGAUUUCAGCUCCAAAAGUACAUCAGCAAACCGGAUCGGAAGAAGCUCGCGGAACGGCUCGGUCUUAAGGACUCUCAGGUGAAAAUAUGGUUUCAGAACCGUCGCAUGAAGUGGCGCAACUCGAAGGAACGCGAACUGCUAGCGAACGGAGGCUCCCGCGAUCAAACGCUUCCCAACAAGAACAACCCGAACCCGGACCUUUCGGACGCCCGGACCGAUCGACAGACCUCCCUCUCGCCCGUUCCCCCUGCAUCACCCACACAAGGCUCCACCCCGCUGGACGGUCAACCACCACCGCCCGCCCAUCCUCCCCCGGCAACAACACCGUCCGGCUCACCGAAACCUGCCCCACCACCAAUGCUUACCUUCAAGUCGAAGUUUGAGCUGCUGAAGCCCGGUGCCGGUGGUGACUUUAAGUUCGACUUUGAGGAGCAAACACCGACCGGCAAUCGUGCUGGGACGCAUUUCCCGCUCGGUGGUUUCUAUCCGCCCGACACGUCCGGCUGUGUCGGUGGCUCGGGUCGUUCGAACAGUAGCGCUUCGUCCGAUCUGCAGCCUCAGGGAAGUGCGGCGACGCCGAUGUACUACGACGAGUACGAAUCGGCGGCCGACUCGGACGACUCGGACGAGGAAAUCAAUGUCACGUGACCUGAUACUAGUGACGACGAUGGCGACGGUGGCGGCGAGCUAACGAUCGAUUGUGAGACGCUGUAAAUAGCAGUGGACGGGAAACAAAUUUGCAUAAAAUGUAUUUGCAGUGCUGUACGGGGAUGUAGCAUGAGCUGGUAGGGUUCGGUCUUCUAAUUGCUAAGUAUUUAUUGCGAACUUUAAGGAAUUUGUACAUGGUUUAAAACUUCUUUCACCAAAUUCAAUCAAUCACACUCAGCAUACCGCUCCGGUGGUGAGCCGAACCGGAUGGAAAAAGAUUACACAGUCAAAUAAAUGUAAUUCUCCUGCACUAAUGCGAAAAACGCGUAAAACCAACCAUGAACUGAUUAUUCAUAUGGAAAGAAAUAGUUUUUUGUAACCUUUUUGGGGUGAUAAAUGUUUAGUCGAUAAAAAAGAGCAUUGAAAUUUGAAUUUUCCGAUACAAAUAAAGCUCACCAAUAGAUGGCGCUGGUGUGGUGUUUACUACACUCGACGGAUAGAGGGCGCUAUCGAGUGUUCUGCACUGUGUGGAAUGAAAGGGACAAAUUUAUGAAAAUAAUUCUAAAUGUACAAAACAAAUAACCAAAAACCAGGUUAAAAUUAACUUAAUUGACAGCUGACGUAAAUUACUAUUUCUGUGACGUAAAGUAGAUUUAUUGCUUGUUAAAAAAACUAGUUACAAAUUAAACAUUCCUCGUAUUUCUGCUUGCGAAAUAUAAUUGUUUUAUCAUGUCCCCACCGUGUCCUUCAUUUAACGCAAAACUAGGGUCAUUCUUCAGGUCAAGACAAACGAUUUGUUUUUUUUUUCAUAACGUAGUCAAAUUACUUAUUUUUAUUGCUUAACGCUGUCGUGUUGCGUGGUUAAUAAAUCGAACGAAAAAUCAUGCCCUAAUUAUCUCCUGCUCAAGUUUGACUCGUUUUUUGUUGUAUCGCUCUACGUCAAUGUACUCUACUACCGUUGCGUUUGUUUUCCCUUCUCUGUGAUCGUUCAACGUACACACACUCACUCACUUUGGCUUAAAUGCAAAACACUUCUGAUACACACACGCACACACACAAAAUUUAGCCUUAGAAGCUUACGGCAGCUUCUAUUAAGCCAACACGGGGAACCCAUCUGUUUACUACGAGUGCAAACAAAACACGCGGUUUGCGUGUAUGUGUAUGGGGGGGGGGGGGGGGGUGAAGAAAAAAAAA